CUGGAGUUGUCCGCCGUCGGCGCAGGGGAGGAGGGUUUGAUGCUGCCUGACUUCGGCGGGUCGGAAGGGUUAGGGUGACUCAUCAGCAGCUCCACACCCCUCCCCUCAACUCCGAAUUCGCGACAUGGCUGCCGUGUGGAGAGCUCGUAUUUUCCUGGAUUGUGUGGUUCGCUUCUCCGACCGAGAACUGCAAUAAUCUCCGAUCGUUCAGCUCUGUCAGGCUUGGUUACUCUCCGGGAGGUCGGCAGGCCCUUCCAAAGCUAUGCAGGUAGACAGUGAAAAAGAUAACUAUACUGGUGUCAUUGCUGAAGAAAACGAAGGGUCUGAUGAAGCAAACCUUCAGGAGGAACUUGAUGUGUUUCGAGCCCAAUGGAUGUCUGAGCUGAAUCCAAAUGGAAGCUCCAAUGGAUCUGGCAUGGAGCCUGGUAACGUCUCUGGCAAGAAAUUUUCUUUCAAGUCUUCAGGUAUAAAGGGGAAACAGGAGCUUGCUUGUGAAGAAAAGGCCAAAGAACUGUUCCUGAAAGCAGUUGAACAAGAACAGAAUGGAGCAGUCUAUGAAGCCAUCAAAUACUAUCGGAGGGCCAUGCAACUUGUACCUGACAUUGAAUUCAGGAUCAACUAUGUCCAUUCUCCCGAAAGUGAUGGAAAUGGCAAAGCUUACAAAGAAGAUAAAGGGAAAGCCAAGGAAAUAACUGAUCUGUUACCAUACUUUCAACAUCAGCUCAGCUUACAGGACUCUUUCCACAAAAUAUGUCAGCCUGAGUUUGGUGUGAAUCAGACACAUAUAUCAGAGCUCCCAUUUGAAGUCCUCAUGUAUGUAUUUCGAUGGGUUGUGUCAAGUGAUUUGGACCUACGAUCUCUAGAACAAUUGUCCAUGGUCUGUCGAGCAUUUUAUAUUUGUGCGAGAGAUCCUGAAAUCUGGCGUUUGGCCUGUCUGAAGGUAUGGGGAAGAGCAUGCAGUAGUUUGGUUCUGUACAGCUCUUGGAGACAAAUGUUUCUGGAAAGACCACGAGUCCGUUUUGAUGGUGUUUAUAUCAACAAGACAACCUAUAUACGUCAAGGAGAGGAGUCUCUUGAUGGUUUUUACAGAGCUUGGCAUCAGGUAGAAUACUACAGAUAUCUGCGAUUCUUCCCAGACAGUCAAGUAAUAAUGCUGACCACGCCAGAGGAUCCUCAAUCCAUCAUCCCUCGUUUAUCUGUCAGGUCUCCAAGAAUGGAUGCUGUUCUCUUUGGUCACUAUCGUCUCUCUCAAGAAACAGAUAACCAGACCAAAGUAUUUGCUGUUCUGGCUAAGAAGAAGAAAGAGGAGCAGAAAACUCCAGACUAUCAGAAAUACAAAUAUUACCGCCGUGCUCCUGCUUCCUCUGAGACAGAACAUAGUUUUCAUGUGGGAUUGCAGCUUUGCUCCAGUGGCCGACAACGAUUUAACAAACUUAUCUGGCUUCAUCACUCAUGCCUGAUUACCUACAAGUCAACUGGUGAGACUGCUGUUACCACAUUUGACAUUGAUAAAAUGUACACCCCUUUGUUCUUUUCUCGUGUGAAGAGCUUUACAGCAUUUGCUGAAACUCCUCUUUAAUUUGAUCCAACCUGUCAAUUUAGGUCUAGAUUCAAGGCAAAGCACUUUUAUCUUCUACCUUUUGCAUGAGUGGUGUGGCAUUAACUCUACAAGAGGAAGCUGCUUUUUGGGUUUAUAUAGGAUAUUGCUGAACCAGUGCAUUAUUUUUUAAAGGAGAGUGUUGCAAAAAUAAAGUCUGAAAUCUUAAAAGUUUCAGUAUGUUGAAUCACAGACUGAUUUCUUUAAGAGAUAUGCAUUAAGAAAGUUAAAUGAUCUGUAAUUAGACUCGGGGCUUUAAAUACAAAUCUUGAGGCUAUUGUCUUUCGCAUUGUUUCAAUUUUACUGCCAAUACAUUGGUACUGUCAGAAUUUUUACACUGGGUUAUGAGAAUGUAACUGUCAGUGAACUGUCUCAUUUUUAUUACAAAUGGAAUAAUUCAUGUUAUCUGAGACUCUGCUGGACAACAGUCAUUGUCUUUUCAUGUCAUCUGACUUCAAAACUUUAAUUGAUUUUGAGAUUUUUUUCAUUAUUUACUUAAACUGAAAUUAUGUUUGGAUACCAAGAAAAUAAAUGUUUUCUUCCAAUUGG